AUGAUUGAUGCACUUGUGUUCAUAUGGUCUAUAAUCUUCAUUAUCUUCAACUUGUUCCAAGUAUUUAAGAAGGAGUACUUUUGCAUGGCUUUAGAGUCUUCACCUCCUCCUUUGUCAUGGGCAAGCCUAACCGACAAUGCCGGAGCGACAAAGAAGAGGCCGAGAGAAGCAAAGAUCAGCCUCGAAGCAGUGUCGGUGACCGGAAAUGUUAAAGAAGAUGAAGUUAAGGUGUCUUCAAUGGAGAGGAAGAAGAGGCCUUCAAGUAUUAUCAUUCCUAAAACUACUUAUAUAAAUUUAAGGUGCAUUGAGGAAGUUAAGGAUCAUCGUGAUGAUCAUGUGUUUGAAGAUCAAGGAAGUGAGUAUUGUUUGGCAAGUAAGCAAGGAACUAGACAUGCAAUGGAGGAUGGUUAUAGUGUUAUAACUAAUAGUCAUGGAGAUCAAAAACAGGUGUUCUUCGGCGUGUUUGAUGGCCAUGGAGGCCGAGCCGCGGUUGAUUUCGUGAAGGAGAAAUUAGGGAAGAACAUACUUGCAUCAAUUGAAGAUUCAGAGAAGAAUGAAAAUCAAUUGGAAAUAGCUGUUCGGAAAGGUUAUAUGAUCACCGAUGAAGAGUUUCUUAGUCAGGGAGUGAGUAGUGGAACUUGCAUAGCUACUGUUCUAUUGAAAGAUGGAGACAUGGUUGUAAGCAAUGUAGGUGAUUGUAGGGUAGUAAUGAGCCAAAAUGGCAUAGCUAAUGCCUUAACAACCGAUCACCUUGCCAGUCGAGAUGAUGAACGGGAGAGGAUCGAAAAUACAGGUGGAUAUGUUAGUUGUCACAAUGGCAAAUGGAGAGUACAUGACUCUUUAGCGGUAUCGAGAGCUAUCGGAGAUGGGAACAUGAAGAAAUGGAUCAUCUCCGAGCCGGAGACGAAAAAACUCCAUCUCACACUGGAUUGUGAGUUUUUGAUUAUGGCCUCUGAUGGUCUGUGGGAUAAGGUAUCAAAUCAAGAGGCAAUUGAUGUUGUUUUCAAGAGCAAGGACAUGAAGAAGUCAUGCAAAGAGCUUGUGGAGAUGUCUUGGAGUAGGGGGAGUAGGGAUGAUAUUACUGUUAUGGUGGUAGACCUUCAAAAGUUUGUAUUAUAA